AUGGCACUGCAAUCGCGGCCCGACAAGAAAGCACCACCAGAAACAGAGAAGGGCAUCCCGCUGGCACCUUCUGCAAAGGACUUGAAGCCAUGGUAUUCUGAUCACAAUUCUGGUACUGUGAGAGAGCUGGACGAGAGCCGCCACGUCCGAGAGCUCGCGCGAAAGUCGGUCAACGAUCCUCUCACCUCCAUAAACCACCAGCUUGCUUCCAGAUCGUCGAAUGGCUCUAGCGUAGUGCGUUCCCGACCUGCUCUGGCAGCGCCUUCCUCUUCCAGCUCCGGAGCACCGCCAGCCGUCGCGCGUCUCCACCGCGAGUCCGCGGAGCGGCAGCGCGCGCUCGAGCUCAUAAAGCGAAAGAAGCGGCAGAUGGCGGGCAGUGAGACGCCGAGCACAGUCCAUGGCGGCCUAGAGGAAGGCUAUGAUGAUGUGUUCAACCGGAAAGAGCUUGAGGAAGCCCGUCGGCAUAGAGAUCGGAGGUGGGAUAAAGACCAUCGAUAUGGCGGAGGUAGGCCGGCCAGGUGGUGA